AUGGAUGGACAUUCGCAGUUAUGUAAACUACCAACUAAUGGUAGAGAAAUGAUGAGAAUUAAUGGAGUUUACAUGUAUAUUAUUAAUGAAUCUGGUCAAGCUGCGGCAAUAUUAGGAUUUCAUCCCAUGGUCAUAGUGGUAUACGAAGACACUGAAGAUUCAGAACCUGUUAAAGGCUAUUUACUUGUUGGUAGAUGGAUAUAUCCAUUAGCAGGUUCCUUUUCACCUAUUUAUAUUUGGGGACCAGGUAAUAUUACUAUGCCUGAACCGUUUUCACAAUUAACAAAACCGGUAUAUAUCGUGAUCAGAUUACCGAUAGGUAUGUCUCGUCAUCAAAAAGAUACUUUAUGUAACAUAAUUGAUGUAAAUGCUCAUUUACAAGGUCCACGUGAUUCUCAGCAUAUUAAAAUCUCUAGAAUAAUGGAAUGGAUACCUGUAACACAAAUACUCUUAAAUUCGGUGAAUGCUGCUUUUCAUGAACAAGUUCGACUAAGAAAAGAGAAAGAACUUUAUGGUAUGCCACUAUGUUUUGAAGGUCAGCGUUUACGUCUUGUAAAAGGUUGGGGUGCAGCAGAGGAUUUAAAUACAUUUGGAAUAGCUUUUAAAAGUGAAAUAGGUAUCACAACGCCAUUUAAAGGCAUAUCCAGAUUGGAUACAACUCAUAUCCAAAUAUUUUAG